AUGAGCGAAAACGACGAUCUCCUGGCCAAGAUCGGUCAGCUUGCAGGCCAAAUAAACCGCCACAAGACGCAAGAGACCCAGCCAGCUAACUAUCAGUCUCAAUAUGUGUCUCGCCAUGUCCCUUCUCACACAGGAUGGGCCCCAUACUACAGGGGACGCGGUCGAGGACGUCGUGGAGCAGCUGCUCCGCACCGACACCGUACGCUGGUUUUGAACACCGCGGGCGCUGGCUCGACCCCUAGCGCCAACUCAUCCCCCGCCCCGAGUAGUGCGAACGACAGCGCGGCGGCUCCGACACCAUCUUCUAGCAAUGGUUGGGUUGUGAAGCACGAUCGCCACAUGCAGCUGAUCAACCCUGCUGUCUACGAUCGGAAAACACAGGACAGGACAAAGGAUAUGGAACGAACGCGCAAGCUUAGAGAACAGAAAAAAACAGAGUAUGAAAAAGCGAAAGUACUUCGAUAUGCACAGGGUCCAGGUGCUGGUGCGGUGGUCUCCACCGCUGCAAAUCCUGCAGCUGGCCAUCAGAUUCUUGUCAAUGAUGUUCCUUUCAGGGUCGCAAAUGGCGGAAGCAAACUGAUUCGUAUUUCGAGUGCGUGUGCCCUUCGCUCUUCCUCUCGAAUUGGCUUACCCUUCAUAGAUGACCCUAGUACUGCCAACAGUACGCCUAAGCGCGUCACAGUUGCCGAUGUGUCCUUUGUGCGAAGCAAAAACGGAAACCUCCACCGUCUCGGUGCUGUGGCUAUGAAGAAGAAUCAUACUGUUAAGAAGCGCGAUGAGCUUUGCAAAAGAUUUACAACAACCGGCACCUGCUACAAAGGCCCGACCUGCCAAUUCGUCCACGACCCUAGUAAGGUCGCUAUGUGCAAGGACUUCCUCCAGACAGGCAAAUGUGCCGCAGGUAGUAGCUGUGAUCUAUCCCAUGAGCCUUCGCCCCAUCGCUCCCCCACUUGUAUGCAUUUCCUUAGAGGACGCUGCGCCAACCCGGAAUGUCGCUACGCCCACGUCCGCGUGACACCCGGUGCCCCCGUCUGCCGCGCCUUUGCAACACUAGGAUACUGCGAAAAGGGCGACGCCUGCGAAGAGAAGCACGUCCACGAGUGCCCAGACUAUGCCAAUACCGGCGCCUGCCACAAGAAGCGCUGCCAGCUGCCGCAUGUUGACCGCGCGGGCCAGAUCCGCAAGGCUGCUGCGGCUGCUGCUAGCAAAGCUGAUUUGGGUGAAGAUGAGUCUGAUCAGUCUAGCGAGGAAGAGAACUAUGACGCUAUUGAUUCGGACGACGUUGACUCGGAUACAUUCGAUGACUCCCCCGAAGAACUGAUCGAAGGUGUGGAUAGCGGCGAGAUGUCGCAGCAGCAGGACUUUAUCCGCUUCUAA